AUGUCCGCCGAGGGAACCGAGAACAAGGCGGCGCGCUCUCGCGUGUUCUUUGAUAUUACAGUCGGCGGUAAGUCCGCUGGCCGUAUUACCAUGGAGCUCUACAACGACCUCGUCCCCAAAACGGCCGAGAACUUCCGCUGCCUCUGCACCGGCGAGAAGGGCCUGGGCAAGUCCGGCAAGCCCUUGCACUACAAGGGCUCCAUUUUCCAUCGCGUCAUCAAGCAAUUCAUGAUUCAGGGAGGUGAUUUCACGGAGGGCAAUGGUACAGGCGGCGAGUCUAUUUACGGCGCAAAGUUCGAGGAUGAGGCUUUCCCUAAGAAGCACGACCGUCCCUUCCUCCUGUCCAUGGCCAAUGCUGGACCCAACACCAACGGGUCUCAAUUCUUCCUCACCACCGUCCCGACGCCUCACCUCGACAACAAGCAUGUCGUCUUUGGCGAGGUCCUCAACGGCAAGUCCGUCGUUCGCCAGAUCGAGAACCUCCAGACCGAAUCAGGCGACAAGCCUCUCAAGGACGCCGUCAUUGCAGACUGCGGCGAAUUGACCGGAGACGCCGCUCUCGCAGCCGAUGUGAAGGCCCCGGACGCCAUGGGCGACACCUACGAGGACUUCCCCGAGGACUGUGCCACCCCGCCUGAUGCUCAGGAAGUCAUCAAGAUUGCUGCCGCCUGCAAGGAUUACGGCAACAAGGCCUUCAAGGCUGGCGACUUUAACCUCGGUCUCGAGAAGUAUCAAAAGGGCCUGCGCUACAUCAACGAGGAGCCCGACUUGGAGAAGGAGCCCGCUACUACCAAGGCGGAACUCCAAGCUCUCCGCUUUACCCUCAACAACAAUUCGGCCCUGCUCAACAUCAAGCUCGAGGCCUGGGAUGAUGCCGCGAAGACGGCUACGUACGCCCUUGAUGUUUCCGGAACCAAGGACGCCGACCGCGCCAAGGCCCUCUACCGCCGCGGCUUCGCCAACGUUCGCCUCAAGGAUGAGGAGAACGCCAUCAAGGAUCUUGAAGAGGCGCACAAGCUCGUGCCGGAUGAUAAGGUCAUUCUCCACGAGCUUAAUGCCGUCAAGCAGAAGGCGGCCGCCCGUGCGGCCAAGGAGAAGGCGGCUUACAAGAAGUUCUUCCAAUAG